AGGGGCCGCAGCUGGAGUGAGGACGGCGUCUGCGUGCACAAGCCGGGGAGACAGUCAGCUUGGUGCCGUGAAGUGAGCCCAUGGGGUCCGCUGACCUACGGGGCCACCGCUGGGCAGAACUCCUGCUCUCGGCCUCACUUUUGACCGUGUGGAGCCUGCCAGCUGCAGCCCAGCUCACCCCUGAUGCCAACCUGCUUAAAGUCACCCGAAAAUCGCUGGCCAAGCCCACCAUUUCAGUCAGCCAGGGCACAGCCAUAGAGCACAAGGAAAAUGUGACCUUCUACUGUGGCACCAAAGAUGUCAACAUUACCAUCUACUGGGUCUCCAACAAUCAACCCCUGGUGUUGCAUGAGCGCAUGCAGCUGUCCACAGAUGGCAAGACCCUCACCAUCUUCCCUGUCCAGCGGGAAGACACCGGGACUUACCAAUGUGAAGUUUGGGGUGUCCUCCAGGUCAUAAGCAGUGACCCCACCUUCCUGGUUGUGAACUAUGGUCCUGACCCUGUCAGAAUCAAGGUGGAGCCCGGGGUACCCAACGGGGAGGCAGUUGAAGUGAUAGAGGGCAGCAACGUGACCUUCUCGGUGGAAACUCAGUCUCACCCACCCGCUGCCUAUUUAUGGGUUUUCCCCAAUGACUCCAAGCCCAUCACGAGCUCGUUUCUCACCGCAAGCACAUUUACCAUCUAUGCCGUGUCCAGGGAACACGAGGGCACGUACAGCUGCUUGGUGUCCAACAGUGCCACCCAGCUGUCCCACCUGGCUACUCUUAAAUUCCACGUCCUUGAAAGGCUGACCAAGCCUUGCGUCAUGCCCCCGAACCAGACUCUCAUAGAGAACGCCAGCCUGGUGGCCCUGACCUGCCAGACCACCCAUGAGAGAGCUGCAGCCCAGUGGUUCCUGCGGGGCCAGCUCCUUCUGCCCAGCAAGCACCUGGUGCUGUCAGCUGACAACAGGACCCUGGCCAUCCAUGGCCUUCAGCGCAAUGACACAGGGCCCUAUGAGUGUGAGGUCUGGAACUGGAGCAGCCGGGUGCGGAGUGACCCCCUCAAGCUGAACAUCAGCUAUGGCCCUGAUCGAGUGGACAUCACCAGGGGUUCGACGUCCGAGGUGGUCAACACCAUCAGGGCGGAGCUCAACUCCAGCCUGACCCUGCAGUGUUGGGCUGAAUCCCAGCCGGAUGCUGAGUUUCACUGGACCCUUGAACCCUCCACGAGUGUCUGUACAGGGGAACAGCUGGUCAUCGAGGCCCUGACUUCGGAACACCAAGGGAUUUACAGCUGCACAGCUUUUAACUCUCUCACCCAACUGGCCCGCUCUGCCUCAGUCCUGGUCAGAGUGAUAGGUCCCGGGUCAUCUCUCUCUGGAGGGGCCAUCGCUGGCAUUAUCAUCGGGAUCCUGGCCGUCACUGCUCUGGCCACAGGGCUGGGCUGUUUCCUCUACAUCAGAAAUGCCAAAGGGCCCUCAAGGAGAACGACAGAGGAACCCACCUAUGAGGCCACGACACCCACCUCUGAAGAGGGUCACCUUGCAGAGCCCGGUCGCACCCUGGGCUGGCAUUCACUUUCUCUAGACUGGUGCAUGCCUAUGUAUGCCAAUGUACCCGACACUCAAGGACAGAUCCAAGUCAUAAAGAUGCGGACACUAGACCCUCCAGAGCAGUUCUAUGAGGUGCUUGUGAAUCCAGAACACAACAUGUACUGCCAAAUCAACCCCUUCAUCUAACAGAAGCAGAGAUCUUUUCUCCAGAAAUCCUAGAGAAGCCAUGCUAAAUCAUACAUUCAACGACAUUUAUUGCGUACAUAUUAUAUUCCAGCCAUUCUCUUUGUAAACCUUGUGACAUUCUAUUUCAAUGUGUUUUUCAGGCUCUGGACCCUAGCUCCCACCAAAUCUUAAGCUUUUGGCUCAUGUUUCUUUAAAAGCAAUAGAAACAAGGCAAAAGCGGCCUAGAAUUAGAGGGCCAAGUUCUGAUACCCAGAAGCAGGGGAUGCCAUAGUAUUCGCUGCAUCCCAAACAUGGGCAAAGACUAUUGAUGGACACAGCAACCAAGGGAGAAGUGUGAGUCUGAGUCAGCCAGAGUAGAGCAUGGGAUGUAUGCACGGGUCAGACGAGCAGUGUCUUUUCAAAUCGUGGUAGAGGAUAAGGAACAAGGAGCUAUUAAGAGAUGACGAGAGAAAACAUAGAAUGAAGCAUGGGAAUGAGGCACCCGGGGAGGCAUAGACAUGAGAUACUUAGAAUCCUGAGGGGCUCAAGGAUGGAGAUGUGAGAAUGAGAUUUGCUAAAGGUAAAGAGGAGUCAAGGAUGACCCCCAGGUUUCUGGCCAGAGCAACUGGAUGGCUGGCAGACCACUUUCUGAAGCAACAAUGGGGGAGGAGCAAAUUUGGGAUAGAGAGGGGAAAUCAAGAAUUUGAUUUGACAUGUCAAGGAUCAGUUGGAGAAUCAAGCAGGUAAACGUUCAUAAAAGUCUAGAUAGAGCAGGGCUUGUCACUGGGAUUUGAAGUUAUGGGGCUAGAUGAGAUCUUGUGUCACGGGUCCCCAGGACCACCCUCAGGCUCAAUGAUUUGCUAAAAGGAUUCAGAGGACCUAGAAGUUGUCAUACUCGUUGUUAUGGCUUAUUACAGCAAAAGGACAGAGGGUAAAAUCAGCAAAGGGAAAAGGCAAAUGAAGUGGAGUCUGGAGGAAACCAUGCAUAAGCUUCCAAGGGUCCUUUCUCUGUGGAGUCACAUGGGGAUUCCCACGAUAUGUGACAACACAUGUGAAGUGUUGCCAACCAGGAAGGCUCACCCUGAAUUUAAAUGUCCACGGUUUUUACAGGAGGUCAGUCACUGAAGCUUCCGACCCCCAGCAGGAAAGCAGGUGUGUUCACUAUAGAUCACAUUGUAUAACUAUCUGGACAAACUGGUACGGGCAUGCAAAUACGCUUCUACCAGAUAGAACAUUAUAAAAGCUCAGUUCCCAGAAGCUGACCAAGAACUAGUCCUUUGAAACAGGCCUUUUUGGGGGAAUGUGCAGGGUUUGAGCAACUCAGGCCUGCUGAGUUAACCCUUCCCCCUACAGAUCCCAAAGAGACUAGAUAACACAGAGAAGAGUAGGGGCUGACAAACUAAGCACUGGUGCCUCCAACAUUUAUAGUUUGAGGUAGAGGAUCAAGCAAAGGAAAAGGACUGUCCUUUUUUUUUUCCUGCCGAGAACUUCUUCCCAGCUUUCCUCCCGAAUAUCCUAAGGACAGGUCACACUCUCCCUCUCCCUUAUCUUUAUCUUUAAAGCAAAUGAAUUUACAACCCCCUUGCUCUUCAGUAGAUGUUGAGUCCUCACCCAACUCCUUGCCAGUAGAACCUCGGUAUGAAACUUGGGUCUCAGCCAAUCCCCAAACAACUGAGAGAGAAAUCUCUGUGUUAGUUGGGCAUCUUUGUAGAAGGAGUUCCUGUUCCACAGUAGUGGCUGUUCCAAAGUCCCUAUAAUAUUCAGGUUAGGUCAGGGAUUUGGGUGCUCCUGGAAGUAAACAUUACCAUUUGUUCAUUUUGAAAGAAAAAAAAAAUGACCAAACAAAAGACAAAGUCAGUUUUAAGUUAUAUAUUACUAAUGCUUUAAUGUCUGAAUAUCUUGAAGUAAACACCCACACACAAACAAGUGAACAGGAAAGAAGGAAGAUGAGCUAACACUCAAAGCACCCCAUCGUGAUUUUGUCCUAUUUGUACUGAAUCUGUAGAUCAUUCUGCAAAAUCUGACACCUUUACAACACAACCAUUGUAAUGUGGCAUUUGUACAUCUUUUAUCUCUCUCAGUAGGGUUCUGAAGGUUUCUUCUAAUGUCUCUAUACACCUUACUAAAUUUAUUUGUAAGACUUUUUUUUUGCUUCUGUUAUGAAUAAAUG